AUGAGUGAAUUGAUAAAAAUGAUCCCAAUUUCUAAUAAGAAGAGAUUGAAGAAAAACCAAAUAAACCAGAUUUAUUAAAUUAUAAUAUUCUAUUAAAAAAUGGAUUUGUGUUAAAAUAAGUAUUUGUAAAACUACCAGAACCUAAAAUUAAUUCUAUUCUUAAUGUUUAAAAAAGAGGAGGAUAUGCAAGUGAAUUUAUUUUUAGUAGAGGUUGAUUUAGAUGAAAUGAUGGCCCUAAUGGAAAAAAACAAAGAAAAAAACAAAAAAAAUUACAAUAUUCUAAACAUAGACUUAGUUUAUCACAAUGGGAAUAUUAUGGUAGAGAGUACCUGA